AUGAACGAAGCCAAAGAAGUGUCUUCAGUAGGAAAUAUGGACUCUGGAUUUUUUGUAAGUCGAAAAGAAUUAAUAGAAUGGAUUAAUAAACAGUUGAAAUUAAAUAUAACAAAAAUUGAACAGUGUUCAAAUGGGGCUGUAUACAUUCAACUACUAGAUAUAUUAUUUCCUAAUAAGUCUAUUUUAAAUAAAGUGAAAUGGAAUGCGAAAUUAGAAUAUGAAUGUAUAAUAAACUAUAAACUAAUACAAAGCGUUUUUAAUAAAUUGGGUAUAAAAAAAUAUAUGGAUGUUGAUAAACUUAUUAAGGGAAAAUAUCAAGACAAUUUAGAAUUUUUACAAUGGUUUAAAGCUUUUUUUGAAAGAAUGGUGGAUUAUAAUAAUGAACAAAUAAUUAAUUAUGAUGCUAUAGAGAGAAGAAAGAUAAGUAUAUUAGGUGAACGAGGGGACUAUAGACUUCUUAAUAAUUUCUUACCAGACUGGGCUAAGGUAGAUAUCCAUAUUAUAAAAGACAAAAUUAUGAACAGUGAAAAUAAAAUAGUUAAUAACUGUUCUAAGAGAAAUAUUGAUUCCUUGGGUGCUGUAGGUAGAGAAAUACCUACCACUGCAAUUAACUCUGGUAGUAGAGGCAGUGCUAGGAAAAGCAGCAGUUACCCAAACAGUUAUGCUUCAAAUAGAAGUAGAAACAGUAAUCAUUCCGGUAAUAAUUACUCAACAAAUAGGAGUAGCAAUAGUAACAAUUAUAAUAAUAAUUACUCCACUAUCGUCAAUAGUAAAAAGUUUAUGACAUCAGAAAAGAAGUGUAUUCAUCAUAGCACAGCCCACGACAACUACUCUAACUCCCUUUCCUAUAAAGAUACUCAAACGCACAAGAAGCAUACCAUUAAAACUAACACGAACAUGAACAUAAAUACCAACACUAAUAAUAACAGCAACGCAAGCAUCAGCACCAUCUCCACACAUAAUAACAUUAAUAAUGUAAAUAGAAGGCUAUCUACAUCUACCAAACUUUCCUCACAAGGAUCUUUGUCCCUCAACCAUAACAGAUGCAACACGGUUGAAAAUCAAAAAAAUAUGAACUCUUUAAUUGAACAAAACAAAAAAUUAAAGGCACAGUUAGAGAGUAAAAAUAAGGAUAUCAUGCUGCUACAAAAUAAAUUGCAAGAAGAAGAAAAUGAAAAAAAAAUUCUGCUCUUUCAAAAAAACUUUUAUUACAACAAAUUGAGAUUCCUAGAAUUGUUGUGCAAUCAAACUGAUGAUAAUGUGUUAAGAAUUGAUGACAUACAAUAUAUCAUAUAUGCCCGGGAAAAUACUUACUUUCACCAGACUAUUUCAUUAAAGGAUAAAACCGACAAUAGAAACGAUCUGAGAGACCAGAAUGACCAAAAUGAUCAAAAUGUCCAAAAUGUCCAAAAUGUCCAAAAUGAACAUAAUAACGAAAACAAUGAAGAUAAUGCGCAUAAUGAUCAUAAUGAAGUGUUAUAUUCUGAUAAUAGUUAUAAUGGGCAAAACUUUGCUUUACAAAACCUCACUACCAAUAGAGAUACGGAUCUGUACACUGAUCAGUGUAACAGACAAAACUCAACCGACUUUUCGAUGUGCUCCUAG